GUUACCAUCUUUUCAUAAAACAGUGAUAGGUGAGGAUGAUCAACUCUUUCAAAAUGAAACAGCAGAAAAAAUAUCAAUGAAACAUCUCAAACCAGCAACUCCUGUUAAACGUCGUGAACGGCUGCACCCCAGGACUGGGAAACAUACAUAUGUGACUCAGAAUGCCUUUGAACAAGAGCUUUAUUUUGGGUCUGCCAAGAUUAUCCAUCAAAAAACCAAGAAGGAUCGUAUCAUUCUGAAUAAUCAUGAUGAAUAUAACAAACAUCUAGAACAAUGCUACCCAAGACCUCCAGAAAUCUGGAGCUUCAAAUCACCAAAAGGGACAAGUAAAAAAGUACAGAAGGGGAUGAUCCACUGGAAAUCACUUCCCACUCUCAUUGAAGAUUUUUCCCAAGUGGAAGAAAUACAGUCACCUGACCCAACUGGAAAAGAAAAAGAUCUGUGCACUAAACAGAAAGAAAGCGUAUCUGAAAAUGUUCGUAUCCGUAAGACAAUGUUGGAACAAUGGAAAGCUGCCUGGAAAUUUGGUAAAUACAUACUCUUCUUCUAG